GGGCAGGGCAGGGUCGGCUUGGGACAGGCUGCUGCUCUCGCUCGCUCUCAUCUGCCCAGCCCAGCGCUGCUCCGCCAAUCCCGCGCCGGGCACGGCCUCAACCUCUCUCGUGACUCCCAUUAGCGCCAUCUGCGCCCAGCACCCAGCGGGCCUCUCCGGGACACGGCAUGUCCGGCUGCGACAACCUCGGCGUCCCGCCUGCCAUGGACUUCCCCGAAGUGCUGAAGUCCCUGCUGGAGUACUCCUUACCCUGGGCCGACACGCUCGCAGAUAAAGAAAAGAAGGAAAAACUUGAGGAGGAUGAAGCUGCAGCUGCCAGCACUAUGGCAGUCUCUGCCUCCCUCAUGCCUCCCAUCUGGGACAAAACCAUCCCUUAUGAUGGGGAAUCUUUCCACCUGGAGUACAUGGAUCUGGAUGAGUUCCUCCUGGAGAAUGGAAUCCCUUCCAGCCCUGCUCACCUCGGCUUGAACCAGAACCCGCUUCUGCCUGUGGCUGAGCUGGAAGGAAAAGAGCCCACCAGCGCAUCUGCUGCCUCUCCUCCCUCAUCAUCUUCCACUGUAGUUUUCCAACCAUCUGAAGCUGCCUCCGGCACAGACUCCUCCCCAGAGAGUGAGAGAGAGACUCCGAGCCCUGUUGAUCCAGAGUGCAUUGAGAUUGAUGUGAACUUUAAUCCUGACCCUGCUGACUUAGUGCUCUCCAGCGUGCCCGGUGGUGAGCUCUUCAAUCCUCGCAAGCACAAGUUUGCUGAAGAGGACCUGAAACCGCAGCCCAUGAUUAAAAAGGCCAAGAAGGUUUUUGUCCCAGAUGAGCAAAAGGAUGAAAAAUAUUGGACAAGGCGAAAGAAGAACAACGUGGCAGCGAAGCGUUCCCGUGACGCUCGGCGACUGAAAGAGAAUCAGAUCACAAUCCGAGCAGCCUUCUUGGAGAAGGAGAACACUGCCCUCAGGACAGAGGUGGCAGAGCUGCGCAAGGAAGUGGGGAAAUGCAAGAACAUUGUCUCUAAAUAUGAGACCAGAUACGGACCCUUGUAAGCACACCCUCUUUCCUUGCUAGGGCUCCUUGUUUAGUUCUUGGACUUCUCUGCCUUCUGUAGAGACUCCCAGAAAUAACAUGCGUGGAGGCCUUGUCAUUGUGCAUCUAUAGCAAAGAUCCGCUUCUGAUGGCACAACUUGGUCAGGUCCUUUCCUGACCCUUGUGGUGCCAGAAUCUAAGUUGUGUCCGUCUUUACAGCUUUGUUUUAACACUGCUAGAGCAGUUGGUGAUGCUAAUCCAAGAGAAUGGAUUCAUCCAUCCAGGGAAAUAAAAGUGAAUCUGUUUAGAUUGUUGGACAAGGCUUUUGCUUUCUGUUCUAAUCUCCAUUUUAAAUGGAGAGAGAGCUGGCUGAAGUGCAAAAGUCUCCUGUUCGUUCUCGUUCUCUCUCUCCCCCUUUCUUUUUAAAACUUAGUUUUAUAAUUUGGGAUACAAAUGGGUGCUGCUGGACAGCAUCAUAAAAAAGUUCCUUCCCCAGUUCCUAGACACUGGAACGUAGCUGAGCGGCCCCUGUUGUGCAGGGCUCUGUGUUCCUGUUCAGGAGGAACAGGGAAACCUCCUAGACCUGGGAACUGUCUGUCUUCUGCAGAGGUGAAGGUAACGUUCAGAUGAACAUGCAUUUGUGUAAACCAUAGUGCAGUGAACACAUUGUUUCUAAACAAUACUUAUACAUUUUUCUUUGGUUAGCUCCCAGAAGCAUAGGAUGAGGUGCAGGGCAAAGAGCCCCAUACUUCUCCUUUACUAAUGUGAGGUAGCGCUUUCUGAGUUCACAGCAAUGGGUUUUAGGGAGUGCAUCGCUCUUUUCUUCCUUUCCCCUAAUACAGUUAGGGGACUUCUUUUCUUGAACUACUAAUUAUGCAGCGCAUGACUCUUCAUUCAGAAGUGAAGGAGAAGGGCACCACCAAACUUUGAGUCAUUUACCUGUGGCCUCAUCAGAUCAAAUCUUAGGUCCAUCUGGUUUGGGAAUCACCAGCACUUUGUGUUUUGGGCGGGGAAGGGGGGACAAACCCAAUCCACCACUCUAAUGCAUCUUCGCAGUCGUACAAGAGUUGCACCUCUGUAAGUGAUACUUGGUCCUUUGCCUUUUGAGCAAGCAAGGGAGAAGCCACACCCACUCUAAACAUGAAGAACUUCUCUCACAACCUCUUUGGGUGGCAGUCUCUCUAUGCCAGCUGGUUUUCUCUCAAGCACAUGACUUGCCCUCUUGGUGCUGAGAAUGGAUUACUUCCGAGUACUGCUCGUACAGUAAAUGGUGCUAAAGAAAAAUGCAUUCUUGUGAAUGUUGGAGGCUGCUUCCACCUGCAAGAAUGGAGAGCUUUAGUAAAAUGCCUGGUACAAAAGUAGACUGUCACUGUCAUAUGUAUUUUAUCCCAGGCUUAUGGCAGUGAAUAUGUUAUAACUGUUGGUUAGAUGUCUGGGGAUGGUGUUUGUAUUUGGGAGCAAGAGGAGUGUGGGAGAUAAAAGGUUUUAGGAUAGAUUUGAGUGAAGGAAUUAGAAACUUAUAAGAGCGUGUAGAAGUUAUGGGGUUUCUUUUCUGUAACAGAUUUUGACUAGGUCAGCUUUGUGAGCUCAGUGUGAGAAUAAAACAGCUUGUCUAAAUUCAUAUGUUCACUCCCCAAUGGAGUGGGGAAGGAAGCUAAUCCAGCAUGAUUAAAGUAAAUCUAUACAGGAGCUGUUUUCUCCCUGCAUUAUUACCUGCUUGUCUGGGCUGAGCUGUUUUGUUUUGUUUUUGUUUUUUUUGUGGAGCGCCAGUCUGAUUCCUCCUGAGCAUCAAGGAGGGAGAUAACUUUGCAGCAGGAAAAUAGAAUCCCACACCACUGGGUUUUUUCUUUCACAGAGUGGUGUGUAGUGGUGAUAGAUGGAGUAUACUGUAAAUAAAUUGUCACACUUACUGCUUUGCUUUAUUUAAAGUGACUUAUCUGAUUCCGAGUGAUGCAACUUUAAAGACUUCUAAAAACAAAGAAACUAAAAAGCACACAUGAAACCAUCUGUCUUCAGAGUGAACAGUGAGAUGUGUGAGAGGUAUCCAACAAAAACAACUGACGGGGACACUGCCUGCAAGUAUCCCAUCUGAACUGCACGGGGGCUGACAUGAUGAAAAGUGCAAGGUCUUCUCAAUGCUGUGUAUGGCUUUCUUAUCUCUCUUUUUUUGUACUAAUGUUUUUCUUCUCUCUGUAAUCAAACUACAGUAAUGUUACUUACUGACACUUGUCAAUGACACUCACAGCUCAUGUCUUUCAGUCCAAUCUGUUGAUGACUUGUGUGAAUGGUGACUCUGUUUUGAUACUUGAAUGAAAUGGGAGGAAGGGGGAUUCUAACUUAAAAUGGCUUAAACUAUAUUGUCACCGAUUUUUGGGGUUGGGGGGAGCAGUAGAAUAGGUUUCAGCUACUGCUGCAGCUGGGUUUUGACAAGCGUAGCAUCUUGUGAGGUACUGCUGGGGGUGCUGAACCAGAGGCAUCCAUGGAAAAUAGUCUAGGAGUGCAAGAAAAUGCAACAGAUUUGUUGAAGUAAACUAAAAAGCACCAUAGAGUGCUGUACAAAGAGUAACAAAUAAAUCCUGUUAUAUAGCCCAGAUGACACACAACUCCUUAACUACUUCCUCUCCUGAUAUGUACACUAUGGGGAGCCCAGCUCCUUCCCCUUUUACUUUUAAGGGGAUACUUUUGUAUCUCAAUAAAAUUAUAUCCAUUUCCCUGGCUGCUGCACCAAAAUAGAGGAGAGGUGUAUACCUCUCUGAGCUGCUGAGCCGUGUAUCUGGCUGCAGGCCAGACCAGUCAGUCUGUAUUGAAGCCCCAGAGGAACAGUGGCUAGCAGCUACUAUGCUGUGCAUCCUUCUCUUUUUCCUACUGCACUCUAAUUCCCCAAGCACCUCAGAGAGUACGGUGUGCAUCUGUCUCAUGGACCCAAAAUAUCCAGCAAUUCCAUUGUGUCAUAAUGGAACAGCUUUAAAAACAGACUCUGGGCGUGUAUGGAGAUAGAUGAGGCACUUAGAGCAUUGCAGGGAUGGUGGCCCUGUGUAGAAAAGGGAGGAUGUCCAUGGAAGGAAAGAUGCCAUCAGUACAGGAAAAGACUCCUAACCAGACAUCAUAACCAAAUGUAUAGGUGAAAGAGAAAAUGGAAUGGCUUAUUUCCAGUAAAAUAUUGUAGGGCUGCACUUGUAUCCAAGGUUAUGUCAAUAACAUAGAAAUGGAGAGGAGGUUUUCUAUGUGUCUGUAUGACACACAGAAAACUCUCUAAACUCUCUGCCAGGAGGCUGAUUAAUGGCAGACACCUGGCUGAUAAAGACCUUUUGAAAGCCAGCAAAAUGAAAAGGGCCUAAAUGGGAGGCUCAGGAUCCAUUACAACUGAAACUUAUGACGUAUGGUUUAAUACUGUACAAAUACCAUGUCUUCAUCUUCCCCAGAGGGAUUCCUGCCCCCAGAACUUCUUAGUAGGAAGGUGAAGAGGAAAGGGAGCAAUGGGGAGAAGCAGACUGUUGCAAACUUUCUUUAAACAAAGUUGUAACCAAUUAAUUUUUCAGUGGAACCUGGAAAAGAUGAAUGGGCUUGAUCCAUCAAGUGCACUGCUUGAUCUAGUCUUGCAAGUGGACCAUGUUUUCAGUGUUAAAGAACACGCUUUAACUUUUUUCCUAACCAGUAAGAAAUGUUAUCAAUGCGUCAUAUGUAUGUAAUAAGAUUCCAGGAUUGUCUCUGAAGCCUAUUCAUAGAAUCAUAGAAUAUCAGGGUUGGAAGGGACCUCAGGAGGUCAUCUAGUCCAACCCCCUGCUCAAAGCAGGACCAAUCCCCCAACUAAAUCACCCCAGCCAGGGCUUUGUGAAGCCUGACCUUAAAAACUUCUAAGGAAGGAGAUUCCACUACCUCCCUAGGUAACACAUUCCAGUGUUUCACCACCCUCCUAGUGAAAACGUUUUUCCUAAUAUCCAACCUAAACCUCCCCCACUGCAACUUGAGACCAUUACUCCUCGUUCUGUCAUCUGCUACCACUGAGAACAGUCUAGAGCCAUCCUCUUUGGAACCCCCUUUCAGGUAGUUGAAAGCAGCUAUCAAAUCCCCCCUCAUUCUUCUCUUCUGCAGACUAAGCAAUUCCAGUUCCCUCAGCCUCUCCUCAUAAGUCAUGUGUUCCAGUCCCCUAAUCAUUUUUGUUGCCCUCCGCUGGACGCUUUCUAAUUUUUCCACAUCCUUCUUGUAGUGUGGGGCCCAAAACUGGACACAGUACUCCAGAUGAGGCCUCACCAAUGUCGAAUAGAGGAGAACGAUCACGUCCCUCGAUCUGCUGGCAAUGCCCCUACUUAUACAUCCCAAAAUGCCAUUGGCCUUCUUGGCAACAACGGCACACUGUUGACUCAUAUCCAGCUUCUCGUCUGCUGUAACCCCUAGGUCCUUUUCUGCAGAACUGCUGCCUAGCCAUUCGGUCCCUAGUCUGUAGCAGUGCAUGGGAUUCUUCCGUCCUAAGUGCAGGACUCUGCACUUGUCCUUGUUGAACCUCAUCAGAUUUCUUUUGGCCCAAUCCUCUAAUUUGUCUAGGGCCCUCUGUAUCCUAUCCCUACCCUCCAGCAUAUCUACCUCUCCUCCCAGUUUAGUGUCAUCUGCAAACUUGCUGAGGGUGCAAUCCACACCAUCCUCCAGAUCAUUUGUGAAGAUAUUGAACAAAACCGGCCCCAGGACCGACCCUUGGGACACUCCACUUGAUACCGGCUGCCAACUAGACAUGGAGAUCAUUACCCGUUGAGCCCGACAAUCUAGCCAGCUUUCUAUCCACCUUAUCGUCCAUUCAUCCAGCCCAUACUUCUUUAACUUGCUGCAGAGUCAGUGUGAAGCGAUGGAAAACAGCUACACGGGUGGUUGAGAGCUCUUUUUGUUCUGAAUAUCAGCAGGUGCAGCCAUCGCUGUGAUCUGUUACUGUCAUAAGUUCGCAGCCAUUUUUGGCUUUUUUGCACAUGUGACUUUACAAAUUACAUCCAUGGAACAACACAACUAGUACUUGUAUAAGUUGGAACUCUUAAGAUUCGCUAGGAUAGUACAUGAAAGUUUCCAAACAUCUGCAAAUGGGUUACUAUUCCAGCAUCAAAUUCCUAAAAUGUCAGGAAUAUAGUGCCACCUGUAGAAAGUGCCGCAGGCUUACACCUUGUAGUACAGCCUUGAACAACCUUUUUUUGGAGGGUUACUUUUUUAGUUUAAGGGCCUUGAUUUUAAAGAUGCUGAAUGCAUGUAAAUAUAUGAUCUUCUAGCAUUUAUUUCCAGUUACUUAGCUCUGAAUUAUUGUUUUUCACAGCCAUGUUUACCAUUUGAAGUGAGGUGGAUUUUUUUAGUUGAAUAAUAACUGACUAAAUUUACAAGUAUGAUUCAUUUGGAUCCUGCCAUCGUUCUGCAUUAGGUACAAUCCUAAUACACUUAUUUCAACAGUCUUAGUUGAUAUUUAAAUAGGCAACUACAGUGGACUAUGGUAACCUUUAAUGCUAUCGUCUAGAACAAUGCAUGUAUGGAGAAUUAUCUUUUGUAAUAAUCAUGCUACAUUAUCACCAUAAUAUUCAAGUAAUGGGAAUAGUUCCAUUUGGUUUCCAGAUUAAUUUGUGCAAUAUAACAUAAACCAGUGAAAUAUUCAUUUGGUUUGUCUUUCAGAGAAGACUAUCCAUCUUGCAUCCCGUGGUCCUUCUGUGUAGAUUAGUGCACAAAGUUACACAUCAUGUGUGCUGCUGUACCUAGGUGAUACAAGGUUGUGUCAGUCAAGCAUAGUUUUUUCUCAAGUGUGGAUUGAUUUUUAUAGCUGGAGAACCGUCACGUUGUGAGACAUCCAGUAAGUUCUCUGAGGUAAUGGUGGUGAUCUCUUAUUCCCAUAUGAACACAGCUCUUACCAGCCACCUCCUUUGUGCGGGGCCAACACCUCUCUCUGUCUUGUUCUGGCUUUCUGUUGCGAGAUUAUGUCAGACUUCUUCCAAUUCUUACAGUCUCUUGGCGGUUAGGCAUGCUGCUUCAGAGCUUUCCACUCCUUUUAGAGUAAAUUACCAUGAACUCUCUGAGAUUGUGAUAGACGAUAAUAUAACUAGGAUUGCCAUCUUACCUGUGCAGCCUCUUCCCCUUGGUAACAGUACCGUAGUGUCUGCAGUGGAAUACUGACAAAUUGUUUCAAACAAAUUUAGUAUUGAAAGGGGUUGAAUUGACAGGCCAAGAGCCUGAAGUUUUCUAACAGCACAAGUUCAGCAUGAGCAAUAAUUAAGCAAGGUUCUCACAUACACUGCUUCAUGGCAACGUGUCCUAUGCCUCACUAAUAGGGACCAUCUCAAAGGGAAAAAAGGAAAUUGCAUCUUUGGCCUUACUACAGAGACUAUCAUGAAGGGAGCAGUUUGAUGGGGAUGCCUGUUCAGUAGCCCCUGUGAAAUGACUAGUGGUUUAAAUCUAGCUUCCACUGAACAGCCAUCAGACUACAAACUUUCAAAAUGUCCCCGCUAUUAAUAGGGUUACCUGUGGGGAACGUCUGCUUUAAAAAUGUCUAUUCUAUUACAUAACCAGAAAAAACAGUUCAAUAAAUGAUGCAAGAGAGAAUUCAAUGGGCAUUCGUUUCAUACAGAGUCUCCCAAUAGGUCUAACAGCGUAAGAUAUCUAAUAGCAGUGCACAUCUGCAAUAAAUACUCCUUAAGUACAUUUUUUACUUACAGCCAAAUCCUGUUCCCAUUGAAGUUGUUGGCAAAGCUCUCAUGAACUUCCAUAGACAAAGGUCUUUAUUCUCUGCUCUGGUGAUUUUGAGUUUUCAUCAAACAUUGGAGCGGUGGAUGACUUUGCUUUCCUCUGGAGCACACUGAGCCUGGUCUACACUUAAAAAUUAGAGUGACCUAGUUACAUCACUCAGGGCUGUGAAAAGUGUAUGCUCCUGAGCAGCAUAGUGAGGUUGACCUAACUUCCCAUAUAGAUGCGGAAGAAUUCUGUCAGCUUAGCUACAACCCCCUCAGAGCGUUGGAUCAGUGACAUUGACGGAAAAACCCCUUCCGUUGCUGUAGGAAGCGUGUAUAGUGCUAUGGCAGCACAGCUUCUGCCUCUGUAGGGUAGACAAGCCCUGAGUUGGGACCAGAAGAGACCUCUGUGAUUGCAGGUGCAAUAUUGGUGGACUGAUCUUCCCAUCACUUUUGUUUAUCUUACAAACUAGAAAACUUUUUUUAUUCAGACAGUCUGCUUAAUUAAUCUUUGAUUUGCUGUUUGGUCUGGGUAAAGAAGAAAUAUGCAGUGUAUGCUGAGAGAAGAAAUGUGUUAAUUCCAGGUGUCAUAUAGUUCUUUACUUUUUUUUUUUAAUAAGGUCUUCACUGCUGAUAAUUAUCCAUUUCAUUUCUUUGCUGUGCUAUUUGGAAGUCCCUUGUGUUCUAGCUGGAAAUACUAUUUUCCGCAUCAUCUGCUGAGCUGCUACUAACUGUACCAGGUACAUCUUGAGGUAGCAGGUGCAGUGGAGUCCAGCAGCGCCGGAGUUUAGGAAUACUGUAAAAGUACAAUUGUUGUGACAAAAAUGUUUUGUGUAGUCAGCAGGAGAGCAGUGCUGCUGUGCAAUUUCAGAUCCACAGAGCUCCUAAACUUUACAGGAUUGAAGCUCCUGGUUAUCAAAAGUCCUGAUUUUACAAAGUGUUUAGUUAUCUCAAAGCUUUGUAAAAUCAGGGUGUGCCGGUAUUGUUUUCUCCUGGCUGUAGUGGGUGAACCCAGGACAAAGGGGAGGUGCAGAGGUGACCUGACCCAUUAACUUCAUAUUGUACAGUAACCUAGAUCUAAAUCUUUACUGAGGAAAGAACGUUUAUUUUAGUAUCCUUUUUUUUUUAAGGGCUUUUCCCCUCACACAAAUACAAAAUCUUCACCAGAUUUGUUGGUCUUCAGUAAUUUGUCUGUUGUACAUCUACCAAAACCACCACUACAGGUUGGGGGAAGGGACAAAGUCAAUAUUUCUAGCCGGAUGGUUCAUUAUAUUUUAUUGUGUGGCUUUUUUGGAAUACAAACUUUUAAAGUUCAGGCAGUCAUAAUAGAGUGGAGAGUUGUGAGGGAAGUAAAAAAGUAAGCAGAGCAUAAAGAAGAGAGGAAAAACCAAAAGAUAAGGUUAAGGCAAAAUAUUAGCCUGAGCCAGAAUGCUGAAACUGAAGCCGAACUGCUUCUAACUUUGGGGCAGUUCAGAUCCAGAUCUCAUCCCCACAGCUUGGGCUCAUAUCCAAGAUGUUCACUUUUUAAAGUGAUGGGUGCCUCCUUUUCUUGCUCAUAUUUCUUAUGGGCCACGAUAGAGAGUGAAGGUGAAAAGAACUUUGGAGAGUGGGGGAAGUUGCUAUUAUUUUUAACUACUGUAGUUAUAUUAAUUUACUCACUGUAUGUCCAUUAAAUUAAGGCACUUGAUUCUGACGUGCAGAUCUCAGUAAUGCUGCACUUUGCUCAUGUGGUUACCUGAACUGCUUGACAGCACUGCAUCCAUAUGUGAGGAUGAGGUGAGGAUUCGUUCACUUACCUAAAUGGAAUAGCGGGUAGCUGGUAUCUAUCUUUUUAGAGAAGCGAUGAGGUGUCUGUUUGCUACUGGUCAGGGUAAUGGAAGGAUUCAUCUUCUACACUCUUAUGUGAUGAUGUGAUUUAUUGGAAUAUUUUGUAUAAUUUAGAAUAUGUAAAUACACUUUUAAAAUUAAUCUGUCCUAUAAAGUAAUAAAUAACGCUUCUGUUGUAACACCUGAAAAUUGUUAAAAGUGCUUCAUGUCAUAUGACUUGGGUUUUUUUUUUCUAGAGAACUGCAGAAAUCAAAGUGAGAUUGAUGUUGUGGAGUUUUCAUUUAAUUGUGAUGCUUCCUGUUCACAAAAAUAUUUAAAAAUAAUAAACCACCCAAAUAGAGAAACUUCAUUUUAUUUUUUUACAGUAGUCACUGAGGUGACAUUCAUCACUGUUCUCAGACAAUCCCAUUUUCUGGAUUUUCCGUUUUGCUGUUGGCCAAUAACAGUUAGAAAGCACUCCGAUUGGUCAGUUUCAUAAAAAGCACUGUGCGAGUCCAGAAAAAACAGUAACUUGUUUUUUAAAUUGCUUGGUUGUGGCUUAAACGUAGCCCUCUAACCAGACUGCGCUGUCAUUGACUGUUACUGCAACUCACCCAUAACAUAAGUAGAAUAAACCUUCAUCAGUCGUGUUGUGUGUACACACAAAUAUAUGGUUAUCCUACUCGCACACCGUUGGUGCAUGGAGAGAUACAUUGACUAAAGACUUGAGUUUUCAGCAUUUUCAUUGGAUACUGCACAGAUGGAACUUUCAUCAGCCAGUGAAAUUCUUCUUUGUGUCAAUUUUAGACUAGAGGAAAACAAAAUUAAUGGUUGAGAAUCAUGGUCAAUGUGUUAGGAAGCAACUUGUCCUUGUCCUUCAAACUUUAUCUAGCAUUGGGGCCCACAGCCCUGUUAUAAAACCUUCCUGCUGACAUAUCUUUAGCUCGCUGACCUUAACUGAUGUACAGCAGUGGCCUCCUCUCCAUUAUCUGCUGCUGCAGCAUUCCAUUGAAAUAACAAUGGAAAAUUACACAUUUUUUUUAUAGUGGGCAGAAAUGGUGGUACAUUUUUGUAUUAUGUUCCCAAGCUGUUAAGUAACUGUGAAGCAGCUAAGUUAUGUGCAAAUUAUUCACUGGAGUUCUGCACCUGUCAACCUUUUUUGGAGAAGAGGAGAGAGUCCGUUUUGAUCUAAUUAGUGUUUCUGGAAGAAUCGCAUUUGGUGUGUUUGGUUUACACUACAUUUUAAUGCCAGAAGCAAGAGAAUUUUGAAGUGUCCUUUAUUUGGAUCUACAGAUAACACCACUCUAUCCCACUCAUUCAAAAGGAAAAAUUUGACUGCGGAAUAUUUUAUUAACUGCAAAAUAUUAUUUUAAUAUAUAGUUUUGCUUUGUGUCAUUAAACAAUUGCUGUGUUUCACCUCUUGGGUGUCUCCAUUUUUGAGGAAGGCAGAGUAAUUCCUGUAUAUAGUUUUGUAAGUCAGUCUGUAAAAUGCUUUUUGGUCAUUCUGAAUGAAAGGCCCUAUAGAAAUGUAAAAUUGCUACUAUUUACCAGAUAUUAUCAUGUUUGUGAAACAGGUGAGUAAAGUUGUCUAUUACCAUAAAUAAUCUAGCUUCGCUAUUAAUCAUGUACCCAAAACUGCUCAUUUUGUACACAUACUCUUGCCAGCUGAUCAAAGAAAAUAAAGGUACCUGAAUUGCAGUUUGAUGAGGAAAGGGGCAUUUCACUGUACACCCAGUAUCCUCCUAUAUUUCCAUUUCUGACUUUUUUUUUUUUUUUUUAAUGAACGAACUCUGGAUUUGAAGUUUCCAAGUACUGAAAAAUCGCUUGGAAUUUGUGGGUACUGUAGUUGAAAUCCUUUCUGCUCUUGACUGGUUUUUUUUAAUGCUUUUUUGUUUAAUAUGUAAAGUUUUGACUGUAUGAAAUUGUUUAGUAUUUUUCCUUUUUAAAAAAAUAAAGUGUAUAUUCCACUACAGGAAAA